CAGUCGUUGUGAAUGGUUGUCCCGGAUCAGUUCGCUGCAGCCAAAUGUAUUUUUGACGUUGUUCUAUGUUAUUCAACUAUCCAAAUUUGGACUACAGCAUGUAUACAAAAUCCGUAUACCUCCUGCGAUCAACUGGCGCAUGCAUCGUGCUCGUAGGGGGAUGUUGGUUUUGCUACCAGCUACGUCAAACUUCGCUAAUCCUGAGCUCGGUUGUGCCUACCAAAGUCUUGGACCUUGAGCAUGCACAGGCUGAAUAUAUUUACGUAGAUGACCCUCGUCUCCAAGAUGUGCUUUUGUAUCGAGGUAACAAAGAUCUCGAUUCAACAAUUGUACAAGAAAAGCCUGGUAUUACCGAUACUGUGAUAACGUGGUGGAAGUCCCUAAAUAAAAGUCUGGCAUACAGAUUUCUUCACAUUGCUCAAAAUGGUUCAUUAAUUGAUCGACAAAAGGCUGUGUAUAGCUUGAGUUAUCUCAAACAUUUAAAAGAUUGGGACUAUUGGCAAAUUGCACAGAUGUUAGAUGCAAGAACUGCGGUUGCACUUGCACGAAUGCCAAAUGUAGAUCUUCGAUUUUUUCUGAGACCACCUUUCUGGCGCAUGCAACAUGCUCCAUAUGACACAAUUGAGAGCCUGAGACGAUUAUUAUUUGAACUGGAUAAAGUAUGCGCUAAUUGCCACCCUUGUCUAUCACAAUUUCUUGAGAAAAAUUUUGGAAGUACACAGCGUGGUCGAUUAUUGUUCGAUCACGAUCUAACAGCUGGUGGUCUACCUGGACCGCCAAAUUUGAAAUGGGAUCACGCACUGCUUGAAUCCUGUAUCCAAGCUUUGCAUCAUCAUUCUUCACUCGGUGAACACAGUAAAGAUAUUGCCAACGCGGGUGGUCUAAAAAUACUGAUGGAAGUUCAAAAACAUUGUGAAAAUGAUGUUAACAUAUCUAUUACACUGGCUAAAAUACUCUCAAAUCUUAGUCUCUACGACGAAUACUUGAGGGACAUCUAUUCGUUAGGAUGGAUUGGCAUAUUAGCUAGGUGGGCCAAACAUACAGAUAUACGAUUAUCUGCACCUGCCGGACGAGCAUUAGCAAAUCUCGAUGCUGAUGAAAAUGUGAACCAAAAAUAUCCACGGCGAAUUUAUCUUCUUCAUCCCUUGCAUAGAACUCGUUCAUCAACUAAGUUAGAUGUGGUAUUCAUUCACGGCCUCUUAGGAGGCGUAUUUGUUACAUGGAGACAACGAGAUUCUAACUCGCUAACUUCAGGUCGACCUGAAUCUUCAUCAUUAUCUUCUGGAAUAGAGUCAAUGGUCAGCAUGAGCGGUGAACAACCUCAAGAAUUCCUGAGGGAUUUAGCUCACGAUUUGGAGGUCAGUGAAUGGAAACGCAUUGGGCACGAUUUUGAGGUUGUAUUAGACGAUUUUCCAAAAAAUCCAAAUCAUCAAGCGCACGGACCAUUCACAUGCAAAGGGGAUGAUGUUUGUAUGGCCCAAGGGGAACAGGAUCAAAUACACCGAACACAGUGUUGGCCCCGUGAUUGGUUACCAAACGAUGUACCUUCUCUCCGUGUGCUAGGCGUGAAUUAUAAUACUAAUUUGUCAAUGUGGUUGCCGCUCUGUCCAAUUGAAGGAAUUAAGGCAACAAUUAAUGAACGAAGCCAUGAACUUAAAACAAAGCUGGCAACAGCAGGAGUUGGAAGGCGGUCAGUUAUAUGGGUUUGCCACUCUAUGGGUGGAUUGCUUGUUAAAAAAAUAUUGGUUCAAGAAUGGAAAAAUAAAGACAAGAACGAUAUAUGCAAAAACACACGUGGUAUUAUAUUCUACAGUACACCACAUCAAGGUUCCCACGUUGCGGCAUUGAAACAAACCACUCAAAUGUUUGUGUGGCCAUCAGUUGAGGUUCAAGAACUUCGAGAAGGAUCAUCGCAACUUCUUGAAUUGCACAACGAUUUUUUAAAAAUGCUGGAUGAAUAUCCAAUUGAUAUUAUCAGCUUCAGCGAAACUAAGUCCACACUUGUCACACCGUUGAAGUUUCCGCUGCAAUUUGUCAAUCCAACUUCAUCAGAUCCUGGUGUUGGUGAAUUUUAUGAAAUACCUCAAGAUCACUUGUCCAUAUGCAAACCAGCCAGCAGACGGUCAUUCUUAUAUCAGAAACUCGUUACUGUCAUAAAACGUCAUGUGCAACCUUCAAAAACGAUUGACGACAUGGAAAAUGUAUACACUUAAAAAGUGUAGAUCCUGUGAUAUAGUAUUGAAUCUCAAAGGUGGAGAGUAUUUAAAUUUAGCUAUCAUAAAAUUACUUCGGCUUCAUUUUUCUGAUAACUGAAGUGUUCAAGACUAAUUGAUGGUGGUUUGAAAUUAUCUCAUUCAGAUUGACAAUGAUUAUGAUCGUCGAACAAUUAAGCACAUGACAAACAUGUACAUAUCUAGCAG